AAUUCUGAGCCCCUCCCCUUCCCUGUAUUCCUCUCUCAAUUUCUUCCUCUGUUACAAUAAUGACAGCUGGCGCAGAACUCUUUAAUCGGCUGUUUCUUGGGAGCUCUAGGAUGAAAUCUCCUUGGGAAUUACUAUUACCUCCAUCUUACAGAUGGGGAAACUAAGGCUCUUUGGGCAAGAGGAUGACUCGGGUAGCCAGUGUCGGAAGCGGGCCCUUCCCGCCCUCUCCACAGCAUCACGCUGCCCCUAGCGGAGGGCAGGUGUGUGCCCUUGUGCUGGUGGCGGUGUUAUGGGGCGGCUCCAACCCUCUGUUGAAGAGAGCCACGGGGAACAUGGUGCCGGUGCAAGAGGGGAACCGGCUUAGGCAGCUGCUGCAGGAGAUGAAGUACUUAUUUUUCAACUACCAGUAUCUGGUGCCCCUUUGCCUCAACCAGUGUGGCUCCCUGAUCUAUUACCUUACCCUGGCAUCAACAGAUCUGUCCCUGGCUGUGCCCAUCAGUAACUCCCUGGCUCUUGUUGUCACCUUGGUUGUCGGGAAGUUCCUUGGGGAAGACAUUGGUGGAAAUGUAAGUAAGGCCACUCCUGGGGAGAAAUCACUUGCCAGGCUCUUAGGUGUCCAAGCUGGGUGACUUCUGCGCAGUUCCAAAGUCCAUAGUCUUUGGGGGGGAUGAGAAUCCAGUGUCUGGGUAUCUCUCAGCAGCCUUCCCCUUCUUUUUCUACAAUCAGAGUAGGGAACUAUAGAGUAUGGGAAGACUCCAUCUUAUGUCUCUUUCUUUUCUGACCCAACACUUAGCCUAUUGUCUGGCACACAGUAGGUGCUUAAUGUUUAUUAAUUAUUGAUUGACCCAGGGCCUGCCCUGGGAAUGGUGCUUACCGUCUUCGGAAUCAUGCUCUGCAUUGCAAGUUCAGUGGGCAAGACAGAAUAACGACAGGAUCCUGUGGCCAGCCCCACCCAGAGACGACGGAGCCUUGGAGCAGGGAACCCUGGGCUGGGGUAUCUUGAGCCACUGAAGCUUGAGCUUUCCUUGAGAAGGCUGUCUUUGACUUUUUUUGGCAGGGACCUCUCCCUUGACAAUCCAGUGAGGCCUCAUGGGGAGGUGGACAUAGAGACUUUACUGCUUUGAGCCCCAAAUUUCAUGCCUUGGAAAUGCCUCCCCCCUCUCCCUUUCAGUAUGUGACCCAACUUCUCUCAUGACCUUGGCCUCCAGCCAAAAUUGUGGUUUGUGCAGAGCACCCUGGGUGUCAGGUGCAGAGUCCUCCUCAAACUCAAACUCUGGGCCCUUCUGAGCCUUGGAGUGAGCUCGUUUGGGUUGGGGACGAUAGUGAGUCAGAGCCCACAGAUGCUGCAGUCAGUUGAACGCCUUCCUUCCCUUCCCCACUUGCAGCCUCGGAGGGGGCCCCUCAGAUCCUAGGCCAAGAGGCUAGUUUCAUCAUUAGCUUUUGCUUCUCUAACUUCUCUCUAGUCCAGGCACACCCAUCCAGUGGGAUGUGGUCUGGAGAGAUGGGUAAACAAAAUUCAGAUGACCCAGAAGCAGAGAAAACUAUUUAUUAGGCCAGAACUUCUCCCAAAGUGUGUGGGCCCCUGUGUCCUCCUCACCCCACCUUGUUGUCAGGCCCUACACAAGGUGGAGGAAGGUAACCCUUCCCUUCCCCUGGUAGCUGAGGCUUUCCCCACCCAGGCAGGCUCACUGCAGGUUUGUGGGCCAAGCAGACUAGAAAGGCCUGUCGUCUCUUCUGGCAGGAAGCUGGGAGACCACACAGAAGAGGGUCCACUGGUUCAAUAAAAGGCUGUGCCACGGC